AUGAAGGGACAAAUCAGACGACUGGGUAAGAACCCAGAAUUACUGAAGGAAUAUGACACUAUCAUUAAGGCCCAAGAAGAGUUAGGCAUCAUAGAGAGGGUAGGAAAAGAUAGUGUGAUUAAUUCUCAUGCCAAAAUACAUUACAUGCCUCAUCAAGCUGUCGUGCGAAAGGAUGCCAAGACGACAAAGGUUAGAGUGGUUUAUGACGCAAGCGCUAAAGUACUCAAGUCAAGUGUCUCUUUGAAUGAUUGUUUGCAUAUCGGACCUUCACUUAAUCCACUUUUGUUUGAUAUUCUGCUUAGGUUCCGUGAGCAAAGAAUAGUGCUAAUAGCGGACAUAGAGAAGGCCUUCCUAAACAUUGAAGUGCACGAAAGGGAUCGAGAUAGCCUAAGGUUUUUGUGGGUAGAUGAUGUACUGCGCAAUAAUUUGAAUCUUGUAGUUUACCGUUUUUGUAGAGUCGUAUUUGGGGUGAAUUCGUCACCAUUUUUGCUUAAUUCGACGUUAAGGCAUCAUAUUAGCAAAUAUUUACAGUGCGAUAGGGAAUUUUCAGAAAAACUGCUAAAAAGCUUUUACGUGGACGAUCUUGCCAGCGGUGAAUCUAGUACAGAGCGAGCGUAUCAGCUAUAUCGUAAGGCCAACGAACGCAUGAAUGAAGGCGGAUUUAAGUUACGCAAAUGGCGGACUAAUGAUAGUGCGUUAAGAUCGCAAAUUGAAGACGAUGUGCGUGACGUGGAAAGUAGUUGUGUUGAUGAGCAAACGUAUGCGAAAACCACGCUUGCUCAAGUACAGGGUCAAUUUGGUAAAGUAUUAGGGUUGGAAUGGGAUAGCGUCGGGGACGUAAUAAUAUUCGAUUUCGAAAAUUUGAGUGCGAAAGCGGAAAACACGGAACCGACGAAGAGAAAUGUGUUGAGUCUGUUGGCUUGUAUCUUCGAUCCAUUAGGGCUCUUGAGUCCUACGAUUGUUAAAGCUAAAAUUCUCUUUCAAGAUAUUUGUUACAGUGGCGUGGAUUGGGACGAUACAUUGCCUAAAAGUGUGAAAGAGAAGUGGGAGAAGUGGUUGAGAGAUCUAAAGGAGGCAAAGAGUGUUUCAAUAGGCAGGUACUCGAGCGGCGUGACUGACACAUCUGGCUCAGAAUCAAAGCAGAGAUAUUUUUUGCAUGGAUUUGGGGAUGCGUCAAAGCGAGCUUAUUGUGCGGUUGUGUAUCUAGUUGUUUUGAACGGUAACGAUGUUCGUGUUAAGUUGAUUGCCAGCAAAACAAGAGUAGCCCCGAUGAAAGAACUUAGUAUUCCGCGGUUAGAAUUAAUGGCAGCUAGAAUAUUGGCUCAUUUAAUGUCUGCAGUCAGGAAAGCGUUAGAGUCAGAGUAUAAUUUUGAGGGCGUUAAGUAUUGGACUGAUAGUAUGACUGUUUUGUAUUCGAUAGUCAACUCAGGCAAUUGGAAGCAAUUUGUUCAGCAUAGAGUUGACGAAAUAUUAAGGCUUAGUUCAAAAACAGAGUGCAGAUCAAUUUUCUGGACGAACUCAGUGAAUUCUGCGACAGGUGACGUUGUUGUUGUAGCUGACGGAGACGUGUGA